AUGGCCGAGGUCGCAUCGCAUUAUUCGAAGCUCCGCAUGCCCGAUGACAUGGUGAUGGCGAUGCUACGGCCGCUGCCGAUCAAGUUGAUCGAUGCCGAUGCCGGGCUCUGCUGGGAAGCGGGCCGGCUGCGCGGAUUGACGGUCGAAGCCGGCCUGUCGCUCGGCGAUCGCUUCUGCCUGGCGCUGGCGAAGCGCGAGAAGCUGCCCGCAUGGACCGCCGACCGGAAAUGGCGCGACAUCGCCGACGCGGUCGGCGUGAAGGUCGUUGCCAUUCGCUAA